UUAUAUAUCAGAGACUCAGUUCCAAAUCUUUCUUCAUUCACAAUUCACAUACACCAGAGUCACAGUGGAAAGUCUUUCUACAAGUAUAAACAAAAUGUUUCUUUCAAAACUAGUUAUCACCAAUGCAUUGAUGCUAAUCCUUUUCCUUUCCAUGUAUGAGUCUAAGGGUGCAUCUAAUUCUUCUGGCUCACUUAGUGUUGUUAAUGGUGCUAACAUUAAUCCACCAUUGGCUCAUCAGAAAGUGAAUGUGUCUGUGUAUUAUGAUAGCCUUUGCCAAUCUUGUGCACAAUUCAUUAUUCGGGAUCUGAAGAAUGUGUUUGACAGCAAUCUCAUCAGCAUUAUGAAUCUUCGGCUUGUUCCUUGGGCCAAAGCUUACAUCAAUAAAACCAACAGUUCCAUAUCAUGUCAGAAUGGGCCAGAUGAAUGUGAGCUAAAUUCAUUGGAAUCAUGUGCCCUUAAUCUUUGGCAUAAAGUGGACAUACAAUAUGAAUUGAUCAACUGCUUUGAGUUUCUAGCAAUUAAGGGAACCAUUAAGAAAUGGAAGGAAUACUGUUUAGACCCUUUGGGUUUGCCCAAGGAACUUUUUCUGAAUUGCUUCAACAUGGGAAAUGGAACACAGCUUGGAAAAACAUAUAUUGAUCAAAUUGCACAUCUUUCCCCAUCUCCUUCAUUUGUACCAUGGGUGGUGGUGAACAAUCAACCUGUUGGAAAAGACUAUGCAAAUUUUGCACAUUAUGUUUGCAAAGCUUAUAGAGGAGUUGCUGUUCCACAAGUCUGCAAAUCUCCUUUGAAAUGAAUGCUACUGAGAAUAAUACAGUGUAAAAAGAAAAUCAGUUAUGUAAUAAUACAGUGUGUGAUGGUUCAGAAAUUGACUCUGCAUAAAAUGUUAUAUCUAUAAUAGUUAGUAAGGGGGGAACAGAGCUACUUCACGAACAAGAUUUGCUGUAGCAUGCAAAAAAAAGCAAAAUUAUCAGAAAAUCUACAUUCUCCAUUAUUAAACUUGCAUGCUAAA